UUUUAAUCAAAAGUUCCGAUUCCCGCGUUAAAAAAUCGUUGCAGAAGUGUGGUUUGAUGUGUGGCAUGUGUGCUUCAACUUCUUCUGAAUUGUUUGUUUAAUUAGUUUAAUUCCAAUUCGAAAAGUAUUGAUUAUAAGACUGUUCUCUAAGGCUAAAAUAAUGCCUCCUAAAGCUAAAAACGGUUAUAAACUCCCAGCCCCUUUACCAUUGAACUUAGUAGUAGAAGAUGUAAACAGGAAUAAAUGGAAGUUGGGCCCUUCCAUUGGAAAAGGCGGAUUUGGGGAAAUCUAUUCGGCAAAGGAUGCAUCGUCAUCUGGUAGCAGCUUUCCAUACGUUGUUAAGAUCGAACCACAUAAAAAUGGACCAUUAUUCGUUGAAAUGCAUUUUUAUAUGAGAAACGGAAAAGAAGAUCAAAUUCAAGAAUUUAAAGUAAAGAAAAAAUUAGCCUCCUUAGGAAUGCCCAAAUACAUUGCGUCAGGUAGCCACGAGCACAAUGGUGAAAAAUACAGGUUCGUUGUUAUGGAGAAGUUUGGAUCCGAUAUUUGGAAGAUAUUCUUAGAAAAUGAUCGACGCUUUUCGCCCGAUAUUGUUUUCAAACUUGGUGUUCAGAUUCUUGAUGUUCUUGAAUACAUUCACAGUCAAGGUUAUAUUCAUGCAGACAUUAAGGGGCCAAACAUUUUAUUAGGACCUGAUGCCGAAUCGGAUUCACAAGUUUAUUUAGUCGACUUUGGUUUAUGUUCCCAUUAUAGUGCAAGCGAGAAACCAGAUCCUAAGAAAGCACACAAUGGAACCAUAGAAUAUGUCAGUCGGGAUGGUCAUUUAGGAAUUGAAUCAAGAAGAGGAGAUUUGGAAUGUUUGGGAUACAACUUAGUUCAAUGGUUGGGCUGCGCCCUUCCGUGGGAAGUUGAUUUAUCUGAUCCCAAGAUUGUACAACAGAGCAAAAUAGAUAACAUGAAAAAUCUUACGACCUUCUUCAAGAAAUGUUUUUCAGAUGGAAAGCCUCCCGGCGCUAUAUCUGAGUACAUGAAAUAUGUUUCUACCCUAAAGUUUGGGAUUGACCCUGAUUAUGGAAAGUUACGUAAAAUUCUUGUGAAGGGAGUUGAAGCGGCAGGAGGUUCUAUGAAGGCUCCGUUCGGUUUUAAGACAUCGAAAAGUUCACCUGCAAAACGAAAAAUCGCUGCCAAGAGUCCGACACCUAAAAAGAAGACUAAAGUUGUGGCUAAGAAGACAAAAGCUACAAAAACUGCUAAACCUGUUGCGGAGAAUAGAGAAAAGGAUGUAGAGGAAGAUAAUGAAGUAAACGUUGAGAAUGGUCAGGAAGCAGAAGAUAAUAUGGUUGGAUAUACAGACGAGAUGAAGAAUAUUAAGAAAAAAUUAGACGAAAAAAAGAAAAAGGCAGUAAAACCUGUUAGUGUUGCAGAACCUAGGCCUUUGAGAGUUCGUAAAGAAAUUAAUUACAGUGAUAAUUCCCCUAAAGAUAACCCGAAACGCACUGCCACAACAAAAAAACGUUCUUAAUCUGUAAUUCCAUUAUAUUAUUUAUGUAUCAGUAUAUUGAAGUUUAGUUUGUUUUUGUGUAGGAUUAGUUUAAAUCCCUUUGUAAAAUCUAUUUUUUCAAUAAAGAACAUAUAACUCAUUUAAA